CGUCAUGGCCGAGCCUUGGCGCCAGAUUUUGGGCGCGCGGGAAAACAAGCGGAGCGGAGUUUGUCCGUCCGUGGAAGAGGUCACAGUCAUGCCAACACUGAGAUCAAAAAAGGUUUCUCAGAGCUCUGAGAGCCUGCCGUCCUUGUCUCCGGGUGUUGGUGGGAGACGAGCAGGAUCGCAGUAUUCCAGCCCCACCUAUUUCCGCGGAGAACAAGUGGCCGAGCUGUUGGCUGGACGGGACACUGAUUCAGAUGAUACAUCAAGUGAAUCAGAGUCAGACACAGGGAGUGACUUUGAGGAGACAUUGAAGAAGGGGAAGAAGCAAUUGCCUUCUGUUACACCGAGGGCACUGUCGCCCAAGAGGCCAAGGCAGGCACUGCCUGAGAAGAAAUUGGUUGUGAAGAAGGUAAAUUCUGCCAGACAACAGAAAGUUAUCCCUGUGCUUCAGUCAGAAAAACUGCCAAAGAGUGCCCCACAGCUCUCCAGGAGACCAAGGCGAGGACUGGCAGAGUCCAAACAGUCAUUGGGGAAAGAAAAUGAAGUGCUAUUGGUUGACAAUGAUCAAGACACCAGUAAGAUGUCUGGGAGUAUCAGACUGCCAAAAGUGAACACACAGCUUUCAAGGAGACCAAAACGAGUGUUGGCAGAAAGUAACCAGACAACAGAGAAGAAAAGUCGACGGAUGUGGCGGGAUGGUGAUCAGGAAGUCAGCAACCUGUCUGUGACAAUUAGACAGCCUAAAAGUGCCUUACAGUCAUCCAGGAAACCAGAGCAGUCAUUGAAGUUGAAAGAUUCUGUUCAAAGACAGCAGAAAGAAGCCAACAACUUGUUUGAGGCAGUAAAAUUGGCAAAGAGUGCCAUGCAGACACUGGUUGAUGAAUGGCUGGAGCUUUAUAAGCAGGACAAGGAGGCUGGUUUGCUGGAGCUGCUCAACUUCUUCAUCCACUGCUGUGGAUGUAAAGGUGUCAUUACCUCAGAGAUGUUCCAAAAGCUUCAGAACGCGGAGAUAAUCCGGAAGAUGACUGAGGAGUUUGAUGAGGACAGCGGUGAUUACCCCCUGUCGAUGGCUGGUCCUGUGUGGAAGAAGUUCCGGCAGAAUUUCUGUGAAUUCAUUGCCAUGCUGGUGCGACAGUGUCAGUACAAUGUCAUUUACGAUGAGUAUAUGGUGGACACAGUGAUCUCCCUCCUGACUGGACUCUCUGAUUCCCAGGUCCGUGCGUUCAGGCACACCAGCACACUGGCUGCAAUGAAGUUGAUGACUGCUCUGGUGGAUGUAGCCUUGAAUCUGAAUGCUCACCAGGAAAACAAUCAGCGUCAGUACGACACCGAGCGGAACAAGGCAGUAGGCAAGAGGGCCAAUGACCGCCUGGAGAUGUUGCAGCAGAAACGCAAGGAGUUGCUGCAGAAUCAGGAAGAGGUUGAGAACAUGAUGAAUGCCAUCUUUAAGGGAGUGUUUGUCCACAGGUAUCGGGAUUUGAUUGCUGAGAUACGCGCCAUCUGUAUUGAGGAGAUCGGUGUGUGGAUGAGGCGCUACAGUGACUCAUUUCUUAAUGACAGCUAUCUGAAAUAUGUCGGCUGGAUGUUACAUGACAAGCAACGAGAGGUGAGGCUGAAAUGUUUAAAGUCGCUCCGACAUCUUUAUGAAAGCAAGGAAAUCAGCCAGAAACUGGAACUCUUCACCAACCGCUUCAAGGACCGGAUGGUGUCCAUGGUCCUGGACAUGGAUUAUGAUGUUGCCGUGGAAGCAGUCGGUCUGUUGACUCUCAUUCUCCAGAAUACUGAGGAUGUGUUGAGCAAUGAGGAAUGCGAGUGUGUGUACCCCCUGGUGUAUGCCUCUCACCGCCCGACUGCAGCAGCCGCAGGACAUUUUGUAUACGUUAAGCUGCGGCGACAUUACGAUGAAGCUCACGAGGAGACUGUAGCUAAAGAACGAGGCAGACGCAGUGUGAAUGGAGAGUUCAUUAAGCUGCUGCUCACAUUUUUCUUGGAAAGCGAGCUCCAUGAGCACUGUGCAUAUCUGGUGGAUAGUCUUUGGGACCAUGCUGGAUCAGUGCUGAAAGACUGGGAGGGGAUGACUGAGUUGUUACUGGAAGAGAUUGAAGACAACGAAGAGGGUCUCAGUGAUCAGGAGGAGGCUGCUCUGAUUGAACUAAUGGUUUGCUCAAUGCGACAAGCUGUGGAGGCUCAUCCACCCAUUGGCAGGCUUUCAGGAAAGAAGUUGCUGACUGCAAAAGAGAAGAAGCAGCAGAUGGAUGACCGUGCUAAACUGACAGAGCAUCUGAUCGUCAUCAUCCCACAGCUCCUGGCCAAGUACUCUGCUGAUGCUGAAAAAGUGGCGAAUCUUCUACUGAUUCCAAGUUUCUUUGACCUGGACGUAUACAGCACCAAACGGCAGGAGAAGUACCUGGACCUUUUGCUGAAGCAAAUCCGAGACAUUGUUGAAAAGCACACAGAAGUGGAAGUACUCGAGGCUUGUAGCAGGGCCUACUACACCCUGUGCAAUGAAGACUACACCAUCCGUAAUCGUGUGGACAUUGCUCGCAGCCAGAUAAUUGACACCCUUGUCGGGAUAUUCACUCACUCUGCUGAGGACAUGCUGCAUGAGGUCGGAGAGGCUGAUGAAGACAACCUAUACACUGUGGCCACAUCACUGAAGAGAAUUGCUACUCUGUACAAUGCACACGAUCUUAGCAAAUGGGAGCUAUUUGACAACUGCUGCCGGAUCCUGGAGCGAGGGAUUGACACAGGGGAGAUACCAGAACAGAUCAUCGUUCAAGCUCUGUUAUGUGCUCACUUUCAUGUCCUCUGGAGAUUGGCUGUCAUCUCAGAGUAUCCAGCGACCAAGGAGCAACUCAUCAGACUCCGGAAGCAACGGAACACAGUCUUCACGGUGUGUCAGCAUGGCCUGUCCAACGUCAGCUCAAAAGUGAGAGAACAGUCCUUCACCUUACUCUGUGAUCUCCUGGUGAUCUUCAGUGCUCAGAUGACAAAGGAUGGUAAUGAAGAACUACAGCCCCUGGUGUUCACAGCGGACAUGUCGUUAGUGUCUGAGCUGCUCAGCUUUGUCAUGGACCAUGUGUUUGUGGAAUCGGAAGAGGAUGGAGAUGACGAGACAGUAAAGAUUGAGAUGCUGCAUAAGAGGAGGAAUUUUCUGGCUGGAUUCUGUAAGCUCAUUAUCUACAACAUGGUGGAUCUAAGGACUGCAGCUGACAUCUUCAAACACUACAUGAAGUACUACAGUGAUUACGGUGACAUCAUUAAGGAGAUGUUGAGCAAAGCCCGGCAGAUCGAUAAGGUGGAGUGUGCCAAGACACUGCUACUCAGCUUGCAGCAGUUGUUCAGUGAACUGCUACAAGAUCAGGAGUAUGUUGAUCGUUCCUCUGUGGCCUUCAGCGCCAUUAAAGACCUGGGUAGGAGGUUUGCACUGACAUUUGGCAUGGACCUGAUGAAGAGCAGACAGUCGGUUGUAUCUCUACACUUGGAUGGAAUAAAGUUUGCCUUUCGGCAGCAUCAACGUCGCGGUUUGGAAUCCUCCCCAAUGAACCUGCCGUUCCUUGAUAUUCUGAGUGAAUUCUCAUGCAAGCUCCUGAGGCAGGACAAGAAGGCUGUGCUUGACUACCUGGACAAGACCUUCCCAGCUCCUCUCAACACAGCCUCGGAGGUAUGGCUGCCACUGGUAUCGUACCGCAAGUCUUUGCUGGCACGAGGGGAUGAUGACACCAUGUCUGUGAUUAGUGGCAAGACGGGAAGUGUACGCAGCAAGAGAGCACCUACAUCUUCAGCCAAGAGAAGGCGACUGGAAGUGUCUGACAUGAGCUCGGAUGGGGCAUGGCUGCACAGUGCAGACAGUUUGCAGAUGAGCAGUAAGCUGACGACCCCGGUACUCACCUCCACACUCCUGCGACCAGCCCAGUGGGACUCCGGCAGUCUGCAGAGCUCCGAUGACCAGGAUUCUGAAAAGGGUUCAGAAUCGGAGUUUACACACAGCAGGUCCUGGCUUGACUCUCAAAAUCGGGAUAAGCGGCAGAAUAGUCGGGUUCAGAAGAACAGAGUACAAAAGAACCGGUCCCGACAAAAAGUUCGCAAGCAGCAGUUGCUGAGCCUAAUGGAAGAAGAAGGAGAAGACACUGAAGCAGGAGAAAUCGUGUCUGAUGCCACCAGUGAGCAUUCGGAUGCAAAUAGCGAGAUCAAUCUGCAGGGAGCCCUUGGCAGACAGGGAAGAGCUGGGCUGUUGCAGGAUCUCUUUGACUCGAGUAUUCUUGACAUUGAUGAUUUCUGAAGCUGCUGGGAACUCAUAAGGAAUAAGAGCCAAGAUCGCUUUGAAUUAAUUUGGGAUUUUCGUUUGAAAUGUCUCUUCCCCAGUCAACCAAUCUCUUCCUGCUGAAGGCAACUGUUCACAUUUGGGCCACUGCUUUAGUGGUGCUUGUUGACUUGGGGCUAUAGUUAAUGAGAACGCAAGAGGAGUGAUGGAUGAAAGCUUCUCAGACCCAGGAUGGGGAUUGGAUCUUUUCUUUUGUAUAGUUAAUUUGUGUGUUUGUAAAUUUCUGCUGUAAAGAGAUGUUUCUGCAGUUUAUCUUACAUUUUGUUAAUAAAGGCAAUCUAAAGUUACCCUUUCACUGACGUGUACUUCUGCAGGAUUUGCAUUCUCCCCUUAAUCCAAAGCCUGAAUUGUAUCCAACUGUUGAUGCCUGUUCUGUGCUGAAGCACACAUUAAAAUCUAGCACUCAUUCCUGGUGCCAGGUCAGAUAAAAAUAAACAAAGUCCUUUAUCU